AUGAAACUCCUCCAUUUAUACUUGACCGUCGUCUGCCAUCUCUUGCACCCGGUCCUCUCACAGCCUCAGCAGGUGGUCACCGUCACCGUCGCCGCGCCGAUCCCCUCCGACGAGCCCGAGUGGCGCGACACCGAGCGCUUCACGUCCGCCGUGCUCAACAGCACCAACACGUACCGCUCCCAGCACGGCGCGGCGGACGUGGUCUGGAACGGCACCCUCGCUGAUUUCGCCGACGACUAUCUCGACGGCGGCGACUGCGUCUUCGAGCACUCGGGGGGACCCUACGGCGAGAACCUGGCCAUGGGCUACCCCAACGCCACGGCGAGCGUCCAGGCCUGGGGUAAUGAGCGGGACGAGUACGACUUUGGGAGGCAGGGGUUUGACAAGGAGACGGGACACUUUACGCAGCUGGUCUGGCGGAACACGACGGACGUGGGGUUGUGCGGGGGCAACGGGUGGUUUCUGGCGUGCGAGUACUGGCCGCAGGGGAAUGUGGAGGGACAGUAUGAGGUUGCUGUUGGGAGGAGGGAGGGGGGAGCGGUGGGUUUGGUGAGGUCGUGGGGGAUGGUUGGGGUUGGGUUGGUGGUUUGUGUUGUUGGGUUGUGGUGA